AUGAAUCGACAUCCACCAUCUAGAUAUCAUCAACAUCGGGAUAUAUCACCUAGAUAUCGUCAAUUAUCAAAUCCAACAUCAGACCAUCAACGAACAUCGAAUUCAAUAUUCGAACAUCAGCCAUCCUCAAGAUCAUUACCGAAACAUCGACAUGAAAUACAACAACCACAAACAGCAAAACAACGAAGAAACGCGCGUCAACGCCAACGACGAGAAAAUCAAGAAAACAAACUAAAACAAUUAGAUCCAUUUUAUGUAUCUAAAAAACAAUACAACAUCCAUCAUGUGCAUAAAUUACGGUCGAUAUCCGACAUACAACAAUUAAACAAUAAAACCAACAAAGCAGACAAAUUUAAUGAGCUGGUUAAAUUGAUGAAAACGAUAUUUAAAUCGACCAACACCAUCUAUGCAUGGGGCCGUUUACGUGCCGAACUGGAACCAUUUUCACACAGUGGCUUAUUUCAACUUUCCGAUAUUCCAGCAAAGGUAUUCAAUGUUCAACGUCGUUUUCGAGAUUGGUAUAAUGACCGAAACCCACACACGGAAGAAUGUCAACGACAAAAACCGAUCCACAACAACGAUGACCACGACGAUUGUCUCUGUCCACAUACUCAUCGUCCAUACAAGGAAACCGGUAAACAACCGGGUAAAUACCGUUCAAUGAAGUAUGCAAAUGUCAUGUGGUUUUUAAAAGCGUAG